CGGUUGCACCGCUGCCGGGCGCUUAGGAGAAGGCACCCUGCGUCUUUUCCACUGCAGAAAGAAUAACCUUAUAACUCUUUUAAAGGCGUUUCACUGCGAGUGGAAGAUUGUUAGUGAAAGAUGGCGCUGCGAGCUUGUGGCUUCAUAGUGUUCCGACGUCUAGGCAACGCCAUCCCCCCACCAGGAAACAUCGAGUUCCUUCUUUUGCAGACGUCUUAUGGAGAACACCACUGGACCCCACCCAAAGGCCACGUGGACCCGGGCGAGGACGACCUCACCACGGCUCUGAGGGAAACAAAGGAGGAGGCGGGGCUGGGGACGGAGGACCUGCGGGUGAUGAACGGCUUCGUCCAGGAGCUGCGCUACGAGGUGCGGGGCAAACCCAAAGAGGUGCUGUACUGGCUGGCUGAGCUGAAGGACCCGGGGACGGCGGUGACUCUGUCUGACGAGCACCAGGACUACCGCUGGGCCCGGCUGGAGGAGGCCUGCUCUCUGGCAGGGUACAAAGACCUGCAGGACACGCUGAGGGCAGCCCAGCAGCACUUAGAGACUCAGAACAAACCGUGAGAACAGGCCGGGCUUCCACUGUCAUGAGAGGAUGAUUCAAGAAGGGAAGCGACCGAAUAGUAGUUGUGGAAGAUUUCGGUUUGGAAACACUGAAAUGAGCUCACUUGAUUGAUUGAGACAGAUGUUUCAGUUUGCACAGUUUGUUCAGACCUGCACUGAUCAGCAGUUUUCUGUGUCCUGGUGCAACAACAACAACAACAAAAAAGGCCUUUUAACAGACAUUUUCACAAACUUUUACUGUUUUGUUUGAAUUCACACCUUCAAACAUUCAUCAUAAAUAACACAUGGAUGGAAACGUGUUGCAGCUCUUAAUCUGCUCUGUGAUUGGUGUUAUCUGGUUCACUUUCACCACUGUAGCUGCUGGUUUAAGAAGCUUUUCUUUGUGGCCAUGGCUGCCAUCCUUGUUUGUUCCAUUAAACUUGGUCUUUUUAUGUCUGUGGUAUGAUGAACUUUUCUUUUUUAAUCUUGAAUGGAGGCAAGCACAUCUUGUUACAAAUAAGUUGUCUUAUGUUUGGUAAAUAUCAAUUUAAAUAGAAAAGCCUUGCUUCUUCUGCACAAACAGAUUUCUAUAUUAAUACAGAUUAUGGCAUAAUUUAAUUUAGCAAUCGAAGCUGACAAACUGAUGUGAUCUUGUUAUUGCAUAAAACCAGGCAAGUUUUAUGUUGGAAUACUCUUUUUCCAGUGUAUUUUUAAUAAAAUGGAUCCAAU